AGGUCUCUCUGUCCCUUGUGAUUACUGGCUUUUGAGACCCAGCAGUCUCCCAUGGCUCCUUAUCACAUCCGCCAGUAUCAGGACAGGGACCACAAAAGGGUCCUGGACUUGUUCUCCAGGGGCAUGGAGGAGAAUGUCUCUGCUGCCUUCCGCCAUAUGCUGACAGUGCCCCAGACCCUCCUACCCUUAUUUGGGGUGAUCGCGACCAUAGUCCUGGUGUGUGGCUCCUGGUUCCUGGCCACAGUGAGCAGCUUCCUCAUACGCUUUUGCCUAUGGCUCCUUGUCUGGCAUUCUUGGAGAAAAUAUGUGGCUACAUCUUUGCAAACAGACCUGGCUGACAUCACCAAGUCCUAUCUGAAUGCCCGUGGCUCCUUCUGGGUGGCUGAAUCUGGGGGCCUGGUGGUGGGCAUCGUGGGGUGUCUGCCAGUCAAGGAUGCCCCACCAGGGAGGAAGCAGCUGCAGCUCUUUCGCCUGUCUGUGUCCUCACAGCAUCGAGGACAGGGGAUAGCGAAAGCGCUGGUCAGAACUGUCCUCCAGUUUGCACGGGACCAGGGCUACAGUGACGUCGUCCUCGAGACCAGCAUUGUGCAGUAUAGCGCUUUGGCUCUCUACCAGGCCAUGGGCUUCCGGAAGACACAGGAGUACUUUGGCAGCGCCGUCACGAGGUUGAUGGCCCUUUCGAUCAUUCGUUUUACUUACUCGCUCCCUUUUGCCUGGGAGCCAGGGCUGUGACCUUUCUCUGUCUGUGGGCCUCCAUUUCACAAAACCCUGCUGGCUCGCAGGAGCUCAGGAUCCGUUCCUUUCAGAUCCAGUUUUACUGGUGGGUGGGGGGUUUGCAGGUUUUAAGUGCCACCCUUUCGUCUCCCUACAGUCACGAUGAUAUAGCACAGGACCCACCCCGAGUAGAUACUGCACACAUUUCAUGUAUGACUCCAUUAACUGUCAGUUUCACAUGGGUGAACAGAAGUUCCAGCAUCCCGGUCAGGAUGUAGAAUCUUUGCAGUGAACACAGAAAGGAGCAAGGCUCUCUGGGACACUGGACUUGUCACUUAGGGGAAAAUCUAAGACGUGUAGAAACGGAGCCUCCUCUGAUAGAGACAUGGCCAGUCAGGGUUCCGGGUGGCGGGUGCCCUGUGAGACCUGGAGCGAUGAAGCCCUCAGCUGACUCCUAAGCCACCCUUGUGCCAAGAGGAGGAAGAUGACCUCUGAUGCAUCCAGAGCAAUUUUGAAUGGCCUGUCCUGGGCAUGGUGACCCCUCCCACCCCGGCUGUAUUUGGUUCCAGUCUUAUGGGAAAACACAACUAAAUGGAUACCAAACGAGGAGCAUUCUUGUGCACCUAGGAGGAGAGUAUGGAAUCAAGAAGUGCCAUGGACAUGUCACCCUAGAGAAUAAUCUCAGAACCAGUUGACACUUGCUUGAGUUGGAAAGCAGUGAGCCUCCAGUGACCCUGGUUGUCCUCUGUGAAAAGAUUUCGUAAGCCCAAGUGUCUUACAGAUAAGAGGAAACACCAGGAACAGUAGUUAAAACAGCAGUCUCGGAUCGGAGCAAAGGCACCCUGAAUGAAUGCAGGAAGGAGCUCUCAGAACUAAUGAGGUUGCUGGGUGCAGCCUCCCUGAGUAAUUGGCAAGAAAGACCCCGAGGUCCAACAAACCACAAAUACUGUUGCCACUGCUUUUGGUCGAUGACCAGAACUACAGAUCCUCAGCACAUCACAUGCUUUGGUUUCAGACAUGGAGAAAGUCAA